AUGGCAGAUUCCGGGCCGGUGAGUAGCACCGACCGUCCUGUUGCGGCCUCGGCACAGGGAAGCGCACGGAACGCGACUUCCACGAAAGAAGGCUCUCCCUCCGCGAGAUCGUCAACUAUUUCGUCAUCCGCGUCCGCUCCGAACGAUGGCAAUGCCGUUGCAGGUGGAAACACAGGCCGGACAGACAGCAAAGGAAGCACGGCGUCGGCUGAUGCUUCAGCGCCUGCUGGGAGCGCAGUGAGUGCCAGCAGUGGCGCUUGUGCCGGCAAGAAGGCAGGCGCUGGAGAGACGCUUCAGAAGGGUACCCAGAAGGGCUCCAGCAGCAAACAUGGAGGGUCUACUUCCAGUAAGAGCACGGGCGGAGGCUCGGGGUCUUCCUCCUGGAAAAACGGAACCAGCUGCCAAUCCAGCAAAACAUCAGGGAGUCACGGUUCCAGCGGACAGGGCAACCAGAAGAACAGCUCGAGUGGCCAGAAACACGGCAACGAGAGUUCUCAAGGGGGCAGCUCAUCGGCCAAGAAAGACGUGGGUGGCUUCGACAGUGAGUUGAGUGCGCGCGAAUUGCGAAAGAUAAAGUACUACGAAGAGAUGUUUGCUAGAUUGGCAAACGAAGAGCGCCAGAAGCAAGGCACCACCGUGUCCAGUUCGUCGUCCAGCGCUACGGGGGGGACGGGUUCGUCCAGCGGGAGCUCGGAGAAGCAGUCCAAGAAGGGCGGGACGCAUCGGGCGGAUGGCUCUGGAGGCGCCUCCAGCAAAGCGGGCGCCUCCGGAGCCAGCCGCAGCGAAGGAUCCACCAAGAGUCAAGACACACAGCCCGAGAGGAACAGUGUGACAACGUCGCCUGGGGCUCACCAGGCCGUGGCGUCGCAGCCUUCUGGAUCAGUUGGUAGCCGCGGGUCUGGCGGUGGGGGCACGAAGCGAAAACAUAACCGUGUGAUUGAUUCAUCGGACGACGAAGGGCCGCCAGCGUCGCCACGACCGGCUUCCCACAAACGCGUGGCACUGAGCAAAGGUGGGUCUGCGAGUGAGCCUGUGGCGGCCGUUCCAUCCUCUUCGGUUUCUAGCGGUGGCUCGUCUCGUGCAUUGUCAGCCAGCAGCGGUGGAAUGUCGGAUUCGCAGAAGAAGGCGGAGAAAGAUGUCAGUCGGCAGCCGGGUGGUCCUGCGGCCGCAGACACCAGCCGCGGAGUGCCGCCGGCAGGGAAAGCGUCAGGGAAAAGCGACUCAGGAGUGGGGCCUAGGCAGGUGCCCAGAGACGCGCCAAGCAGUUUGUCGAACAGCAAGCCGCAAGCUCCUCACUCAAGCGGAGCGUCGGCGAAGGGCCAUGGCCACGCCCAUCCGUCGAGCACCGGGAGCGCUUCCACACCUAACUCUCGAUUGGGCUUCAAAGAGUCGGACUGGGGAUGGAAGGGCCGGGGAAGUGGAGGCGACCCAAGUCGAAAGAAACAACGCGCAGCUGUGGCUGCCCCGUCUUCCCGCGGCGACGAGGAGGACAGUAGCAGUAGCAGUAGUAGUGGUAGCAGCAGUAGCAGCAGCAGUGGCAGCAGUGACAGCAGUGAAGGCGAGAGCACUGCACGGAGUAAAAAUGGCCGAUCCAAAGACAUCGCGUCUCGGGGAAGCGAUGUCACAGGGGCCGCCGCGCUCGCGAGCACUCGCGCCAAGCGCCUCGCACUUGCUCCCCAGCGGAAGCGCCAGCAAGCCAGUUUCGGAGGUAGCGGGGGUUACGGAGGUGCCGAUGAGUUUACCCGCCGAGCCGAGUCUGGUGCUUCCGCAUCUUCUGCUCCGAAAAGUGAGAAGAAGGCAACCUCCGCGUCUCAACACCCGGGAGGAGAGGGCGUGAAGAAACUCUCAGGCGCCAACGCGCCCCGUGUGCCAAGCUCGAGCGCGGGGUCAGCAGCCACAUCGUGGGCUUCAGCGGGUCCAGGUGGGAAGUCCGCACCUCAGCAUCAGCGGCCAACUUCUGCGGUUGCUGAUCAAAAGAGCGGGGCAGAUCCGGGCUCUCGGGACGAGUCAGCGUCGAAAGCGGGAAGCCCGAGAGGGGGCGAUGGCGGCGGAGCGGCGAGAUCCGAGAAGAAGGUAUUGCCGGACGAGAUGCGACGGAAGUCGGUGGCCUCCAGUGCUUCAGGUUGGAGCUUAGCGUCUUCCAAGGGCUCUGCGGGAUUCUUGGGGACAGGAGACGCGAGUCACUCUCGCCCUGCCUUCGGAGAUUCCCACGCAGGUGAGGAGGGGCUGAGGCCUGCUAGUCGGGUCCUCGUCAAGGGAGAGAAGCAAGAGCGAGCAAGUAGCAGUUCAGGUCGAACAACAGGCAGCGUGAAGCAAGAGAAGGAUCAGACCGGGGGGAUAAUAUCGUCGGGCAGCCGUGCGGGUGGGGAUAGGAUUGUUGUGCCUCCGUCAACGGUCCAAGAAAAGAAUCCUUGGGGGGUGGAGGGCGCCGCUAGUUGCUCUCGGGACCAGUCCGCGGAUGGAGGCGGCGUCGAUGACAGUCACGGAGCGGGUGCCCCUUCCGACGACACGAAGCGCCGGGGGCCUUCCCCUCUUGGCAACGAGUCGCUGGCGGGUCCAGGGUGUCCACCUGGAGAUUCCUCGCGGAAGAAAGCUGAAGGGGAAGGCAGGAAGGGAGGAAGCCGCAGUCGGAGCACGUCACCGUCAGGGAUGACUGGCGCGGAAGCCUCGUCCAGUGGAGUGGGAAAAGGCAGUAAAGGUGGAGGGACCCACGCGGGAUCGGUCGAGAAGGGAAGCAAAGACAACGCUUCUGCCUUGCUCACAAAAGAGACGCAAACGGCAGGGAGGGCCGACGGUGCAUGCAAAGGAGCGGUGGGGGGUGCGGCACCUGGGCGCCAAACUGCAGGCAAAAGGGGAAACACUGGGCGCAGUGGAGGGCUCGGAUGUGGCGUCAUGGCGAGAACCCCUGUUCCAGAUUCGACUAGAGAGGGCCAAACAAGUUCCUCGGCUUCGCAUCGCGGAUCAGAACUCGCUGGAAGGUCGCAGCUUGGUGCAUCUAGUGCGGACAAUGCUUACGUCUCAGUGCAGUCCCGGUCUAGUCAGACCACGACUGUGCAUUCCAAAAGAACUCUUGUGGCCAGUGGGUCGGGCAACGAAUCAGCGGCUGGCGAAGAGGACGCGGGCGGUCGUGCAGGAAGGAGAGAAGUCGAGAGAGCGACCGCCUCAACGGGAAGUGGCCGCAGCGCUGGCGGGGCUGUCUCUUCCAACAGAGGUGCGCGGCAGCACCAGGCAGGUGAGGGUGUGGAGGACGCGAUUCCUCACAGGUCUGGAGGAUCUGAAAGAAUCGUUUCUGAGACGGAGUCCGUGAUGCAAGCGGGUGCGACGGCUCCAAGUGGAGGGAGCAAAGCAGUCCGCCGGACGCCAGCAGUAGUCGGGGAGUCCGUAGACGGGUCUGCAUCUGGGGGGAGUCCUGGCGCCGCUGAGAGAACAGUCACUUUUAGCCACCUUCCAGUCAGUUCAGACAGCCCUGCUGGCGUGGGAGGACCGGCCCCGCCGCAUGCGAGAGGGCCGAAGCUGCCCGCAGCUGCGUACCGCGUCUCGCCCUUGCGUCCACUUCAAGGACUGUAUCGGCAGAUACCUGCUGGUGGACCAGAAGCUGGAGAGGACGACGAAAAUGUCCUUUCCCCACCGUUGCCCUUGCUGGCUGUUGCCCGCUCGCUGGCGUCGCAGCCCUCCACGAGCACGCCGCUGCCCCCUGCUUCUUCGCGACAGGCUUCAAGCCCCAGUUCGUCAGUUCAGAGUCGAGAAGCAGGUGCGGGAUCGUUUCCCUGGGGUUCUUUAACGGAGGCGAUUGGCAACAGACAAAAAGACGAGUCGAGCAAACGCGCAGGCCCUUCGGAUCCGCACACAACAUAUGCAUGCAGAAAUGCCGUCACAGCGACCGGCGGGCCGAGUACCCAAGGGACCGGCUCGACUUCCGCAGGUGCGGGCGACCGAUCAGAGCUUUAUGCUCCUCUGACGCCGGCGGCCGGGUCGCGGGUGGGCAUGGCGAGCUACCAGCUGGUGGAGGAAAGCACCAAGAGUGUCAAAUCGUGCGGACAGACGGCUUUCGCAGAUUCCUCAAAUGUAGCAGGAAGUGCAGGCGCGACUUUUUCGCUGCCCUCUGACAGCAGCAAAGAGUACGCCGAGGCAUGCUGCAAUGUAGUCCCAACCCGGGACUGGCGCCGGUUGCUCCUGGGGAGCGGCGAAGGGACACAGGAAGAAAAAGUCCCAGGGGCUGGACCAGUCAAAAGCACGCCUGCGAGUUCAGGCGUGGCCACUUGUGUGAAAUCGAGUUUUGACAAACGACCUUCCACUUCUGAUGCAGAAAGCAAUGCUGAAGUUAAACAGGGAUUUGCCAUAGGAGAACCGAUGAACAAAGCCAGUGCGUCUGCGGCACGGCCACGGGAGCCUUCUCAUUUGCCGCUUCCGGAAGGGGUCCAGCAGCCGUUGCCGCUCAACGGGCGAUGGCUGACGAGCCUGUCAUGGAAGGCACAACUGCUUCGGAAGGUUUACAAUGCGGGACGGUCGUAGUCGGUUCUGGCGUGCGUCAGCCACGCAGAAAUGUUCGAACCGGGCCGGCGAAGAAGUGAACCCGAAGUAAACCUGGAGUCGAGUGGACCCUGCCGGAGCGAUCUGCUGGACGCCGUGGACUCCGGUUUUUUCGUACAGACGGGCGAUAUCCUGCCUGAACACUAGUCUUAAUCUUUCCCGGGACUGUCUUAGGGCAAACGUCGCUGCGGCUACUUGCUGAGGAAGCUUGAACGGCGGGUGUAAACAGUCUUCUGGGGAUUCAAGGGAAGUCAGUGUUUCUCGUCCGACGAUCCGUGUGUGUCUUCAGAGAUCAGGCAGGUGCUCGAGGACUGUUCGCAUUUAGCGGCGAGUUU